AUGGCAGCCAAAUUCCGAGUUCUUCACCUAGGCGACGACAUAAAGUACAAUCACGAUGUAUACCAACGUUUUGCGUCCGAGUUCGACAUCAUCCAGCCUACCGCCGCCGAGCGCGAGCGGGGUGAAUUCAUGCGCGCACUGAAAGAUGGUCGUUGGGGUAAUUUCCAUGCCAUAUUCCGUCCGUUCUGGAACACAGGGGGCGAGAUGGGACGAUGGGACGCAGAAUUGAUACCGCUUCUCCCGGCAUCAGUUCGGAUCAUGGCCUCCGCAGGCGCAGGCUACGACUGGGCUGAUGUAGAUGUCUUCGCCCAGCAUGGAAUUGUAUACUGCAACGGCGCCGCCGCGUCUUCGGAAUCCGUCGCCGACAUGGCCCUUUUCCUUAUCCUCGCUGUCUUCCGCAACCUUGCCUGGUCGCACCAGGCAGCACACUCACUGAGCCCACAACGGUUCCUCGAUGCACACCAGAACUCGCCGCUAACAGCGCUGAACCCACGUGGCCGCACCCUGGGCAUCAUAGGCCUAGGCCAGAUCGGAUACACAAUCGCCAAGAAGGCACACGCUGCCUUCGGUAUGAAAAUUGCGUACAACGAUCUUUUCCGCAAGAGUCCAGAGCUCGAGCGGGCUGUGGACGCACAGUUCGUGGCGGACCUGGACGACCUGCUUGGCCAGGCGGACUGCGUGAUUGUCGCGACGCCGUUUGCGGGAAAGACGCUGGUGGAUGCGGAGCGGCUGCGACGGUUCAAGCGCGGGGCGCGGUUUAUUAAUAUUGCGCGCGGAUCAUUGGUGGAUGAAGAGGCGCUGCUUCAGGCACUUGACAACGGCCAAAUCUUGGCCGCGGGGCUGGAUGUCCAUGCCUCUGAGCCUUAUGUGCAUCCGCGUCUGGCGACGCAUAGCAGAGUGAUGAUGAUGUCGCAUAACGCGGGAGGUACGGUGGACACGCAUGUGGGAUUUGAACGCUUGGCGAUGGAGAAUAUUGAGGGUUUUCUGCUCAGGGGAAAGGCGUUGACGCCGGUGAACCUGCACUUGACUAAACCGCCCAAGAGCGUGCUGUGA